AUGCUUUUGCCUAUUCUCCUUCGUCAUCUUCUCCAUCUCUUUCCCGCCGCCCCACUCGCCGCCGCAAUCGCCAGACUGGAAGGGUGAGUCCGCUCACUCUGGCAGCCUGGAAUGUUCGUUCCCUUUUAGACAAUCCGAGGAACAACCGACCGGAACGGAGGACAGCGCCAGUUGCCCGAGAACUGGCGCGCUAAAAGGUGGACAUCGCCGCACUCAGAGAGCCUGGAUUCUCCGAACAAGGCCAACUGGAGGAGGUGGCUGCCGGCUACACCUGCUUCUGAAGCGUUCGCGGCAGGGCAGAGCGACGAGACGCGAGUGUCGCCUUCGCCAUCCGGAACGACAUCGUGGACGAUUGCCCUGUUUCCCGCAGUGUAACAACGAUCACCUGAUGAGCCUCCGUCUGCCUCUUCGGGGAGGCAAAUUCGCCACAAUUAUCAGUGCCUACGAUCCGCCGAUGACCAGCCCCGACACCGCAAGAGACAAAUUCUACGAGGACCUGCACGCGCUAUAGGCGACUGUGACGAAGGCGGACAAGUUGAUUGUCCUUGGUGAAUUCAACGCCCGCGUUGGCAAAGACCAUGCUGCCUGGAGAGGAACGCUGGGUCCGCAUAGUCUCCGCGGCUCAAACGACAAUGGCCUGCUGCUUCUCCGCACCUGCGCUGAACACCGCCUCAUCCUGACGAACACGUUCUUCCGUCUGCCGGAGCAAGAAAAGGCCACCUGGAGGCAUCCUCGGUCGCGCCAUUGGCACCUGCUGGACUAUGUCCUCGUCCGGCGGCGAGAUCAGCGGGACGUGCUGGUGACGAAGGCGAUCGUGGGUGCUGACGGGUGGACCUCGUCACAUCGAAGAUGCGUAUUCGCCUACAGCCUCGCAGGAGACCACAAGGUAAGUUGAAAAUUGCCUUGUUGUCUUUGCCCCCUCACCAUCUCCAUUUCAGCACUGAGCUAGCUCAACGGCUAGACAGCCUUCCAAUCGCUGCCGCCGCCGACGCCGCUGAUGCUGAGAACGCCUCCGUGGAGGACCGCUGGUGUCAACUGCGAGACACGGUCCAGUCGACGUCGCUAGCCGUCCUCGGUCGCGCACGCCGCCAACGCCAGCACAGGUUCGACGACAACAACGCCGUCAUCAGCAAUCUGCUCGUCGAGAAGAACCGCCUGCACACAGCCUACGUAGGCCACCCCACCGACGACAAUAGAGCAGCGUUCUACCGCAGUCGCCGUCUAGUUCAACAGCAACUGCGCAAUAUGCAGGAGGCCUGGACGGCCCGCAAAGCGUACGCGGUCCGUAACGAAUGGAAGAAUUUCUCCGCGAUCAAAGCUGUCUACGGUCCGCCGACGAAGGGCACUUUUCCUCUCCUCAGGGCCGACAGCAACACCCUCUUUACCGAGAAGACACAAAUUCUACAGCCAUACAGUCGAGCAAAUCCGAGGCGUCGUCAACCGACACUCCAGCAUCUCCGACGCCGCCAUCGCCCGCCUGUUGCAAGUGCAGACCAAAGUGGAACUCGACCUCCCGCCAUCUCUCCAGGAAACCAUCAGGGCCGUGCAUCAGCUCUCCAGCGGGAAAGCACCCGGAUCUGACGCAAUCCCUGCAGAGUUCUACAAGCACGGAGGUCCCCAACUCAUGGAUAAUGUGACUGCGGUCUUCCAGGAGAUGUUGCGUCAAGGUGCAGUCCCGCAAGAUUUCAAGGACGCAACCAUCGUGCAUCUCUACAAGCAAAAAGGGAACCGCCAACUCUGCGACAAUCACGGUGGAAUCUCUUUGCAGAACAUCGCCGGAAAGAUCUUCUCUCUUAUCCUCCUCAACCGCCUGAAUAAUCAUCUAGAACAGGGGCUUCUACCGGAAAGCCAAUGCGGCUUCCGUCGUCAUUGCGGGACCACGGAUAUGAUCUUCGACCCUCUGCAACUUCAGGAGAAGUGCCAGGAGAUGCGGAUCCACCUGUACUAUACCUUCGUGGACCUGACAAAAGCCGUCGACACGGUGAAUCGUGAAGAACUGUGGAAGAUCAUGCAGAAAUUCGGCUGUGUCGAGCGAUCCAUUCAGAUGAUGCGUCAGCUGCACGACGGUAUGAUGGCUCAAGUUACGGACAACAGAGCUGUCUCAGAGGCAUUAUCAUUGACCAAUGGAGUGAAGCAGGGAUGCGUGCUGGCGACUACCCUCUUCAGUCUCCUGUUCACUGCCAUGCUGAUGGACACCUACCUUGAUGACCAUCCCGGGAUCCGCAUCGCUUACAGGACGGACGGUCAUCUUCUGAAUCAACGACGACUGCGCCAUCAAUGCAACUACUGA